AUGCUGCGGUCUUCUUUCCGGGCGGUCGCAGACCCUGCCCGAGGCCAUGUUUGCUUAUCUUGCUUAACCCGCCGAUAUGGCGCGCCAUCUACAUUGCGCCAAUUCCAUCACACGCCCACGCUGCGCUCAAUAUCAAGCGGAGACCAGCCGGCGGUUAGCAAUGAAGACGUGCCGACCAAACCGGUGACUCAGCUUGCUAAUUCAGAUUGGGUGAAGAAGGAUGGCAUUUCGGUAUCGCCAUCUAAGGGUGUCAGGAAACCCGGUAGCAAACGCCCUCCUCAUACAAAAAAGUCGCGCCACAAGGACGCCCCAAUCCGACCUAAGAAAGAACCAAAAGAAGAUGAGCCAGAGGAGAACCAGCCUGUCCGCGGGGUCACUCAGGUGAAACAAAUACUGGAAGAGACCAGCAAAGCCAAACCGAAGAAGCCGAGAUCGAAAGGAUCAAGCAGCGAAGAAUUUGCACACCUCAAGUCAUUUAUCCAAAAAAAUCAUGCUGGAUCAAUACGGGCAGACAAGAUUGAAGCUUUGGAUAUUCCUACAGCCCCUGUCCCUGGUCUUUCGUUCGGUCUUGAUCGAGUUCUCUUCAACCCUGGUGUUUAUCAAUUACGAGACCCUCGAUCCCGCGUCUACAACUUCGAUCCAUACCUAGGCGAGAUCAUGUCAGUCACGGAAUUUGACUUCAACACUCUCAAGGAUUAUAUCACCUCAUCCAAAGAUACAGCUCUUCGCGAUGUUGCUGUUGAGCAUGGAAAGAAAUACUUAGGAUCGUCAUCUAGCAUGACCUCGGUGCUUUCCCACUUCCACUAUCUGCUUUCUGCUUGGAGACCUAUCGAUACCCGUCAAAUUUCUCAGGGAUUCCCCGACAAGCUGCGUAGCUUUACUCGUCUACUCCGGGCCCCGGCUGCUAUGUUUCUUCACUACCAGGAUGGCGUGUACGCCAUUGAUGCGGAUAAGGAGUUUGACUCGGCCAACAUCCUCAUGAACCUGGGCAAGUCAAUGGAGAAGCUGCUUACUAUGCCCAAAGAAGACUUUGAGCGCUACCGCCGGUCCAGCAAGAACAAGAUCACCCCCGAGGAGGAAGAGGCGAUUCCCGAAUCGUAUCACUACUCCACCACGGGAGAUUUCGUUAUGCGUUCACAGCUCGAUGCUUAUGACCCCCGACUACCCGGAACUGGUAUGUUUGACCUCAAGACACGCGCCGUAGUCUCCAUCCGUAUGGACGCGAAGAACUUCGAAAAUGGACUUGGCUAUGAGAUCAAGAGACGGUUCGGUGAAUAUGAGUCGUAUGAGCGUGAGUAUUUCGACAUGAUCCGGGCUGCAUUCUUAAAAUACUCGCUGCAAGUGCGCGUUGGCCGCAUGGACGGUAUUUUUGUGGCGCAUCACAAUAUCGAGCGUAUCUUCGGUUUCCAGUACAUCAGUCUGCCCGAAAUGGACCAGGCCCUGCAUGGCCAAUCAAACACUGCGCUGGGAGAUACCGAGUUCCAACUGAGCCUGAAGUUAUGGAAUGAAGUUCUUGACAAGGCGACCGAGCGCUUCCCCAAGCAAUCCCUGCGUUUCCACUUUGAGACCCGAGAUGCGGUGACACCGUUCAUGUACGUCUUCGCCGAGCCCGUCACUCAGGAGCAGAUCAAAGAAAUCCAAACCAAGAACGCAGCAGAAAUCGACGCAUACCAAGAACGUCUGUUGAACAUUGCCCCGAAGGAGCCGAAGGAGGACUCCGAACUUGCUGCAGCGAAGAAGGAAACUGAUUCCGAUAUUAAUUCCGCCAUCUACGACUCGGACGCACCACCUGAACCGAUGACCUCCUCGGCGGAGAAGGAGAAGGAGCAAGUCCCAAAUAAAGAAAUCUUCGCCAUGGCAUUAUCCAUCAAGAACAAGGUCAACGACAAGAUUGUUGAACGGCCCUAUUACUUCACUGAAUCGGAUCAAUGGGAGGUGGAUUACGAGCUCAGAGAGCUGUCAGCUUCACAAGGCAACAGGCUGUAUAAGAUGUGCCAGGAACGGCGCAGGAAGGCCCUGUCAACCUCAAGCGAGGACGCGCAAGGUGUCGUGAGCAAUUUAUACGCCAGAAAACUGCAAAAGAUCAGCCAGGAGGGCCGAAAGUACCGUGCUAUGGAGGAUGCGAUUGAUAAGAAGCAUGGUACAAUCGUGUACCCGAAUUAA